AUGGAGCGUCUCAGAACUGGCCACAGAAAAUAUGCCCCAAGACCGUCUGCUUUGGAAGUGGCAUUGAAGCUGGUUACAAAGAAGAUUGAGCUGUCAAGGACCAAGGCCCUCGGAGCCUAUUUUGAUGACCCUCGACAGGACAUCAACUUUGAUUUUCUGGCUGAGAAUGAGCAACAUUCUGUGCUCCUUGAGGAAUUUCGGAGGCUAAGCGAGCUGGGAAAGGAGGACAACCUAGCUGGAGAGCUUUCGCCAUCGGCCCUUCAGGCCCGUGUGGAUGUAAGGGAGUCAGAGGAGGGUAGGCGGAAGGAAAUGAGCCGGGACCAUGUCCAGCUGGAGGUGCGAGAUUGGCUGCGUGGAGGACCCCGAGUGGAGCUGCCUCAGAGCCAUGCGAGCCUUGGUGGGAGGCUGCAUGCAGCCUGGUCGUCGGAAGACCUUGCCACAGGUCGAUCUCAGUCAGAAAGGAUGGCAACGCCACCAGGAAUCGCCAGCUGGGUGCGAGGGGAGGAUGAAAUUGCGGAGCUGUGUGAAACAAUGGACGGGAGAUGGAGAGCCCUGAUGAGAAUGCCGCCAGGACUCUUCGAGGAGCUGAAGGACCUUCGAGGCGAACUGAUGAGGGCGCGAAAGGCAAGAUUCUGGAUCAACGCCAUGUAUAGGAUCGAGGGAGAGGUGGAGAAGAUGGCACGCGCGGAGGCCAGCCAGCUGCUUGCCUCGACGGAGUCGGUUUGGAGGGGCUGCGCACGGCAACCCCUUGUCCUUGCACCUGGGAUCCGUGGGAACAGGCUGGAGUCGAUGCGAAUGGGUCUGAGGGAAGCUAUGCUGCGGUACCAGCUUGAUAUGUUGCGGUAUAGAGCUGCGGUGGAAUCGGAUAACAAUGAAAGAUCAGCCAUGCAGGCAGUAUAUGAUUGGCUGAUAGGGAUCGCUUGGGAUUUGAAGGUGGUGAACAUCACCAUUCUGUAA